GGAGCAAUUGAGGAGUGGUUUAGAUUCAUGAUAACACCGAUGUGUACACCGAUAACAAAGUCGAUCCUGCAAGAGAAACGAGGUGGCGAUUGCUACAGUAAGCGACUGAACAAGGACAGCACAUGGGUUCGUAAACAAGAGGAAUCUUUCGUGAGAUUCAUCGAAGUGAUGAAUCGAUUCAGACGCAAGAAUUCUGCACAAAACACACACAAAAGGUGCGUGCAUUGUUGGUUGAACCUUUCGAAAGCGAAUGUGGACGCAGUGCUGAGUGCGUGGCGUGACUUUUAUGUGCCGGUCGUCUGCUCUCCGGAGAACAAUGCGCGCUAUCCGGCGGAAAUGUUUCUGUCGAUCGAAUUCGUGAAUUGGCUAGUGACACACGUGCACGAUUUGGCCAGUCGAAAGGCUGCGGUAGAGUUCGGGAAUGAAUUGGUGCGGUUGGAUCGCAUUCGAAUUCUUCAAUCAGGUGAUCGAGAGAACGAUGAAGUGGAUUCGUGUAAAUCGAGCGAUUGUCGAUCACGGGAAUUUCGUUAUGGUUUUGUGUUGUGUUAUUUUGUUGAUGAACACACACAAGAUGAGACAAAUUGGUCACGUGCAGUACAGUGCGAGUUCGGGAGACAUUGUGGUGAUAUUCUGGCUGAAUGUGCAUUCCAUCUGAGCGCGGUUGAGAUGGACUUUCCGAUUCAGUCAUCGAAAGGCAGUGAUAAUAUGCGACAGUACCCUUACCUACCGCCACAUCUUUUGCAGUAUGUCGAAUGGGGCAGAAUGUUGUUCAAUCGAACUUACACGGCAACACAAGCGUUCGAGAUCAAUAUUCGAUGGUUUAUGGCAAAUGGUCAAACAAUCGCUGAAAUCACCAGGCAUUUAUGUACGAAAGCCACCAAUUUAUCAUUCCACAUGUUCCCAAUUCCAGAAGAUCCAUUCGCACACGCUAUGAAUCCACAGUCGCCUCCACUC